UUUAUUUUACUUGAGACGAAGUUAUUCAGUAUCGGGACGAGAAACGCAGAUAUUUCCUUCAUCCAUGACCGUAAACUUCUUCUUCACUAUUUCGGACUGUUCUGAAGGAAUCAUUAAGGAUUCACCACAAUCAGAUGAUUUGCUUCAAGUGGACGUUGGUUUUUGUGAAAAAUCUGUAAUUCGGCAAAUUCUUGAAAGUGAUUUGGGAAAUUUGCAUGAAAAUUUCGAUUUCCAAAUAGAGCUUGAAGAAAAGGACAAGGAAUUCUUGUUGGAACAUCCCGUUGUGUUUAAAUUCAGCAAACAUGGCAGAAUACUUGGUGAGAGUUUUCUUUCAUGGUCUGCAGAAUUGAGCGAAGAAAUUUCCCAAGAAGAUUUUACCAGUAAAAAUUUCACAUGCACACUUCCGAUUGUGGGACAUGAACUUACGAUAGGUCACUUUAAAUUAGGAUUCACCGUGACCAGAGUGUCAAAUGGGAAUGGCGGAGGAAGUGCUGAUAAUGGGAUUGAUAGCAUUGAGAAGGAUGAUUUGUACUUUGCUGUAACCGAAGAUGGAAUUCCUGAAUAUGUUCAAGAUGGUAAUUUGAUCAAUUCUCACCAUAAAUGCGUAGGUGGACUCAUUAAUUUAACAGGAUGUGCCAUCAAGAACGGUGAUACUGUUAAAUUAUCCCACAUAACUCGCCCGGAUGGUCAAUUGGGAUGCCCUGGAGGUUCCUUCGCCACCCACUCCAAGAUGGAAUCACAAUCCCCUGACUCACUCAAUAUCCCCAAAAUUAACUUCAAGACAUACUCAAUGUCUUCACAUGAAUUCAAGAAUUCAGACAAUCCUGAGUUAAUGAACAGCAACUCCGAGCCAUUCACAAUUUGUUCUCAUAGUUCCAAUGACGUCUGCGGUAUGAAACAAGUAAAGUUCUCCCUGAAUGUCCAUCCAGAUGGUCAAAUGGGAUACCCUGUUGAAGCCAUCGUAAGCGCCCGCCCAAUCAAUUCCAUUGGGUCAGAUGAUGGUGAAAAUUCACUAAAUUCCCAGUUAAUGAGCAGCAACCAAUCUGGGUCAUUCACAUUUUGUUGCAAUGGAACUUUCAGUGGUGACCAAUUAAGUCAUAGUGAUACCAGUAUCACCACAAUUUGCUCUCGUACCUCGCCUGCAAAGCGUAUCAUCCUUAGGGGCAGACGAAAGAAAAACAGAUCAAUGAACUUGCAUCAUGAACAUGAGGAUGAAGAUUGUCCACAGAUAAAAGAUGCAUUGCAAUUAUUGCGAAAUUGCGAAGAGGAUUACGAUUUUAAAGACAUUCAACAUCGACCAGUGCCUCGAGUGGACCAAAUGAAGUACUGCUACAGAGCUCGCGAACCCAAUUUGAGGAAGCGAAAAAAGUCUAACAAGUAUGUUAAUUGGCCAGGAGGACGUCCCCAUGUUCACUAUACAUCUCAUAGCCAUUGUGCUCGGAAGGCGGACUUGGUACCAGGAAACAUGGGAUGGAAAUGGAAUAUCUCCAUCGUGGGAUUAAGCGCAAGAUGUGGAUGGAGACCUGGAUAUAUUCGUAGACAAAUUAGAAAGCUCAUGGAAUAUUUCUUAAUACCUUUGCAUAAGUCUACAAAUCCUAAUGAACUACCUGAUUCUUAUAGCAGUGGACAAGAUGAAAAUAGGAAAUUUCAGGAUGGUCAAAAUGCAAGAGUGAUACUAGCAAAGACAUCUGUUCAGAAAAAUGCCUCAAAUUCCAAGACAAAGGUGUUGAGAAUCGAAGUUCCUGAUGCAGUAAAGUCUUACAUGGAAGAGCUGACAGAAAGACAACGAAAUCAUUUAGUCUUACAUAUGAUAAACCAAGGUACUCAGUACACAGAGAGAGAUUACAGGCCAUGGAAAAAAGCAGACGAUACCAGAGGUGAUCCCCCAAAGAGCAAUCGAAUCUCAUCGACUGUUGACAAUCCGCCUGAGAAAGCAUCAAAGCUGCCUACAUUGAAAAAACAAGCAAAAGGAAAGCCAAAUGUAAAUCAGGCAAAUGCGAAAAAUCUCCCAAAGGCAUCAUCUUUGAAAAUACCCAGAAAGCUUCCUCACAAAGCUCCCAAGAAACCACCGAAUACACCAAUCAAAGAUCUCAAACUUAUUGCUAAAAAAUUCUAAAAGGAUUCCUUUUUGAAAUUACUUUAUCGGUGGCAUUUCGUCUUUAAAGAAAAAUUCUCAGUCUGAAAAUCUCAAGAAAAAGCCCAAGUAAAUGCAUAUAAAUUGAAGAUUGAUACAGUCACAAAA